CAGUACACACUUGCCCAUUAGGAACCUCUAGCGUAGACUAUAAAGCGCUGCACUGAUGGGGCAAAGGUCCCUUUGAAGAACACUGUAAAACUACUGAAAUGUACCUAAUUGUCAUCCAGCCAUGCUGCAUGUACAGUUCUGAACUGGAAACCCCAUGUGAUCAGUCCAGUGACUAUGCCAGCUGUGCGGCUAUGUAUGCCAAUAGCCAGGCAGCGGAGGAGAGGGAAGCUUUCUGAACAGGUGAUAGAGGAAUUGACUGGGUCAGUGCUGACUGUUGCUUGUGAACAGACUGAGGUCCUGCUUUUUGACCCCAUAUCUUCAAAGCACAUCAAAACUCUCUCUGAAGCUCAUGAGGACUGUGUGAAUAAUAUCAGGUUCCUGGAUAAUCGACUGUUUGCAACUUGCUCGGAUGACACUACGAUCGCGCUUUGGGACCUGAGGAAGCUCAACACAAAAGUGUGCACGUUACAUGGUCACACCAGCUGGGUGAAGAACAUUGAGUAUGACACCAAUACCAGACUACUAGUCACAUCAGGCUUUGAUGGCAAUGUGAUCAUCUGGGACACUAACAGGUGCACCGAGGAAGGGUGUCCUCACAAGAAGUUUUUUCACACCCGUUUUCUCAUGCGCAUGAGAUUGACACCAGACUGUUCAAAAAUGUUGAUCUCCACCUCCUCUGGCUAUCUUCUGAUUUUGCAUGACCUGGAUUUAACCAAGUCCCUAGAGGUUGGCAGCUAUCCAAUAUUAAGAGCCAGAAGAACUACAUCAAGUUCAGACGUGACAGCUACCAGUUCAUCUGGUCCUAGACCUGUGGGCUCACCGUGCCACCAGAAUGAUUCCAGUACGCUGUCUGAGAAACACAUGUCACGGCCCUCCCAGCGAGAAGGUGGAUCUCCACGAAAUAGUCUCGAGGUUUUAACACCAGAAGUUCCUGGAGAAAGGGACCGCGGUAACUGCAUCACAUCGCUGCAGCUCCAUCCCAAAGGAUGGGCUACUCUUCUUCGGUGCUCAAGUAACACAGAUGACCAGGAGUGGACUUGUGUCUAUGAAUUCCAAGAAGGAGCCCCGGUGCGCCCCGUCUCGCCUCGUUGUUCUCUCCGAUUGACUCACUGCAUUGAAGAAGCCAAUGUAGGCCGGGGUUACAUCAAAGAACUUUGUUUCAGCCCUGAUGGUCGAAUGAUUUCCUCCCCGCAUGGCUAUGGGAUCCGCUUGUUGGGAUUUGACACGCAGUGUAGUGAACUUGUCGACUGUUUGCCCAAAGAAGCUGGUCCCUUGCAGGAAAUCCGCUCUCUGUAUUCACACAAGGAUGUGGUACUGACAACCAAGUUUUCUCCAACACACUGUCAGAUUGCCUCAGGGUGCCUUAGUGGACGUGUUUCUUUAUAUCAGCCAAAGUUCUAGGCACAUCUUGCAUCAACAGGAACUUCUCGGAUGUUUGUUUUUAUAAUUACUUCAGUUUGGUUGAAGUGUGUUCUUUUAAACAACCUUGUAAAUGUGGACAAGAUCAUACUUGCUAUGGUCUGUGGCCAUAGCGAUGAGAUGAGUACUCGGUCCAGCACUGUGUGUGCUCUGACACUACAGGUCAGCCUCUCUGCUCUGUUUUCAGCCUUCCAUGCAACCCUCUGCUUCUGAUGAUCCGGUGCCACUGGGCUUCCGUCUUUCUGGUUGGGUUUCCCAGUAGCAUUCGUUCGUCUUUCAGCAUGCCGUAGGGUGGUCUGUGUGGAAGAUGCCCCCCGCUGGGGCUGAGGGAGUAGUUACAUCAGACAAAGCCCACACGUUUCCUGCUGGUAUGAUCUUUCCUUGCCACGAAGGAGCUGGACUUCCUGACGUUCUCUCACUUGGCCUCUUAUUGCUGUAACUUUUCUCUACAAUAAUUAGGUAGCAGAGCUGUUCUCUUACAUACUGGAUGAGUUUUUCCACAAAGAAGUACAUUUUCCUUUCACAUUAUGAUUAACUAGAAAAAUGUCACCUUUCUGUAAUGUUUUGCUCUAGUUACAUCUUUUAGCUUGUUUUCUUUAGUAAUGCAUUUAUUGUGUGUAUUGCCAGAUGGUAAAAGGUCAGGGUGCACAUGCAUUUCCUCAGUAAAGUCAAUAGGAAGACAUUGCCAUGUCGAGCUGGGAAACCAGAGUUGACCUUUGUGAAAGCAUUGUUUGGGAUGACUUGGCAUAAAAUAAAAUGCCCUUGGCAGAGCAAGCUGUGUCUGAGACACAAUGGUUUCCAAUUGCUGCCCUUACCGUAGGAAGCUUUCCGUGUUAAUAAAAAAAUCUUAAUCACAGUUUGUUUUGAAACAUAAGAAAUGCAACACUCUAAGCUUCCUUUCGUGUUACCGAGGCUGAGCGGCAUAAUAAAAUACCCCUUUGUUCCAUGCCCGGCUCUUAGCUACCACCUUUGCAAAAGAAUUGACCUGCAGUGAGUGUACUGUCGUUCUGCCAAACGAAGCAGUCCUUCAGCCUAUGUUGCCGGUCGGGAGCAGCAAAGUAUCGACUGGCCUCGUGUGUAAUUAUCUGGAUCUGGCCGGAUUUUUCAGCAGCAAGAGGACUGCACAGGUAUAACUACUCAGUUUCACUUCUCCCCAGUGCAGUUACCCCUCUGAACAGAGUUGGUCCAGUAGCAACCCCAAGAACAUAAUGCUCUGAAUGUCAUUUUUAUCUGCAGACCAGACUUACCAGCAUGCAAGUGAGUGUAUGUGGGGUGGGGAGAGCAGAUGAAUGUACUUUUUCACUUUGGAAAGUGCUCCAUGAAACCAGGAACUAACCUUCUUAAGGCUUGACAAGUGCACAGACUGCCAGGAAGGAGGAGAUGAACCUGGCUCCUUGUAGUCUCUUGUUUGGACUGAGGAGAAAGUACCAAGCUGCUGGAGGUAGCAAACCUUUCUAGGUGGGGACCCUUGAUCAGCUCCCAUGUCGGUGAGGUUAAAAGGCUGCUUUAAAACCCUCAGGCCAUUUCACUGUUCAGGAGUGGGACUUGACCCUACAAAUUGCCAUGAGAGCCUGCUCUGUACUUACCUCUGUGGCUCCAGUAAGUGAAACGCUCCCAGGACUUGGGUCUUGAUUUGGACCCAAUGAAAUUGGGGGAGUUUUGCCUGGAGGAACUUACGUGUUGGUCCUCAGUGAGACUUGCACACCAGCAGAUUGACUCUUGAACAAAAACAGCCUGGAGAAUACCCCCGGCUCUGGGCCGGAAAAGAAAUGCCGACCAGUUCCAAUAGAUGAAGCGUUGGCAGUCUGCCAGUGGGCUGGGUCACUCAUGGACCGCCCCGUCGCUGUGCGUAUUGGAAUGGGUCAAUGGAACUCACUGGCAGAAGGCUCUGGGCCCUCAUGGGAAAGCGUUGGAGAAAUCGAUUUAGGAACCCUGCUGCUUUUGAAGUUAUUUGUAUGAACUCGGGUUCAUUGUUGCUUUUGGAGGAAGGCUACUCCGUGCCUGCCUCCUCCUAUUUGAAAUAUCAGAUGCUGUAGCAACAGAUUGUUUGAGAACUGAGUUCAAAUGAUUGCAUAUGCAGCAAAUGAGACGCCGAAUUCCCUCUUUCCACACAGGUUAGUCCUGAAUUCUUUAACCCUUCCCUACCCGCCCCCAUUUCUUCUGUAUGGAAUGUAGGGAUGUAACAGUGUAGUUGGCUAAAUGAUUCACUGGUAAGCAGGUGCUUAUUGGUUAAUGCCGUCAACAACAUGCAACACUCAUCACCCCCCGGUAAAUUUUUUAGCAGACCGGCCAGCAGGCUGGCUCUGUCCUGGCUUGUGCCAGGACCCAGCAUCGACCCCCGCUGCGGCUCUGCGCUGCAAGCACUAAGAGCUGGCGUGGGGAUUGAUGCCAGUUGUGGCACAAGCCUGGCUGCACACCGACUCUUAGUGCUGGUAGUGCAGAGCUGCAGCGGGGGUAGCUGGCGGGACUGAGCGGUAGCAGUGCUACCCUUGAUUGAUUGAUUGUGUGGUCGACAACAUUUUUGCCAUCUACACGAUUAACGAAUGACACGCUUCUUCACGUCCCUAAUGAAAUGACUACCUAGCAAGCUCUUGGUACAAUAGCCUCGUGUUCAGAGGCGGCAGUGGCUCUUAGCCUAGCUGUACUGCCUGUUAAUGGAGCAAAGUAUAGGGCUAUCCCUUCGUCCUCGUACAGCAACCGAAGUGCACGGCUGGUUAGGCUCCAAAUGGAAGGGCAUGCCUUAGGUUAGCACCUGUGUCAUUGGAGUGAAAAGUGGGUCCUAGAUGGGCUUUUCCUUUCGCACUGGAGCGGCCCCCGGGAGCUCAGAAUUGCAAAGAUGGGAGAUGUACAAGUCAUCCAAGUAUUUAUUCUUUUGGUAUUAAAAGCUUGUUUGAAACUGAAAUGGACUAGGCUUUGGGAGCGAAGUCAUUCUCUGAGACACUCGCUGCUCUUCCAGGGGACCCUCCUGCACUAGGAAGGACCCGUUUUUCAGCAGACAGCAGAAUGAUCACAGCGAAUGAGUUUGCUUUCUCCUCAGUGGCUCCAGUGGGAAGCACGCUGCUCUGGGCCCAUUGGUUACUUGUCCUAUAAAAUGACAUCCAUAAUGCAAAUUAUUGAAAUUAAAAAUCCCUUCAGCCUCCCCUCACCUCUACAUCUCUCUUGUAUGGUUAAUAGUCUGCAACUCCAAAUUAGGAUUUGUGAAUGGGGGAUGAGUCUGCUUACUAGCUAUUUUCCCGGUCUCUGCUGUCAGGGACUCCACAACAUGCAAUUCUGCAUGACCAGGAUGCUAGCUUCUGGGCUGCAACGUAGCAAAAGCUCAUGUGGCGAAUGUCUCAUUUGCAUACAGUUUUAGGUGAUUAGACUUUAAAGCAGUUUACAGAGGAACGGGAAUGUGCUGUUUUCUUGUUUGCGUAGCAGAACGCCUAAAUCUAAACUCUACUCUUGGAAUGAACGGUAGCGGGAGAUUCACCGUUCAUAGACCAAACGGCAAAUGGGGUUCAAGUUUGUACAGCUGUUUAGUACCGAGUUAAUUUAAAAACCGGAAUGAUGAGUUUUCUCAGCCAGGAUGCACACAGGAGGAGUAAUAUACCCCUUCAGAAUGGUGUAUUCUCCAGCUUUGCUUUCUGUGGACCACUUGAUAAGCAAACGUCCUUCCCAAGGACCACCUCUUCCCAGUCUACUACACCUUGGCUUGUCACGUGAUCUGCUGCACAGAUCAAGGGCAGAUCCUUCUGAAUGGCUCUGAAGUACUGUUUCCACAGGUGUAUUAAUUUGAAAUGCAGGAAAGCACCCUGGAGUUAUUGCAGCUUUUUGUAAAUUCUAUUAAGACUAUUGAAAUUCCUUGAAAUGAAAUGCUCACUUUGCAUUUUUAAAUCUAUGCCUGUUGAUGUGCACUGAGUAUUGUUUUUAAUUCUACCUCAUUACGUGCUUUUUUUAAGGUUAUUGCUCUGAAACAUUUGACACUAAUUUUUCGGAGAAUUUCUAGAGAAUUGUUACUGUAUUGAAUGGAUGGGACAUGUGGCCUAUGACUUAUAGCGACUAUUUAAAAUGUGCAGCGCCUGGAGGAGCCAGCUCAUCACUUGGAAGAGAGAGGCCGUUGGAAAGUGCAAGGCUGAUGAGAGAAGUUGCCAUUUUGGGGGGUUGAUCAUGUUGUGUGGUGCUUUGUAGUGUAUGUAUAGUGUGUUGUAGGAGCAGAUACAUUUUUAUAUUAAGACCAAUUCCGUCCAUGUAUGCUGUAAGAAUGUUGCCUAACUUUUCUGAUUACAUUUUGCAAUAAGUUGAAUUAGACUGAUUAGAUCAUUUUAGGUUGUGAUUAUUUAACUCCUUGCAAUGAUAGCUGGAAGUUUUCAGUGAAAGCUAAUAUAUUUUACUUUAGUGUAGUUAACAGUACCUUGAAACACUUUGUUCAGUGAUGCAUAACUGACUAGUUAUAUGCCUUGCAGUUGUAUCUCCAAAAAAUAGUCACCAUUUUUGUCUUUCUAAUCACAUUAUCCUGCCUUAUAGAAUUAACGAAGUGACUUGCUGUGAGUUUUGGAUUUUUUUCUAGAUAGCAGAAAAGUUAUACACUUGUUUUGCGUUAAAUUCUGAAGGACUGACAAUAACCAUCCUUCCCAGUGCUAUGGGAGGAGCAAAAUGGGUUAACAAAUAGAUAAACCCAGCAUUAAAUAUAAAUUAAGGUAGUGGUUUAUACCGGUCAUUUCGUUUUGGUCAUCUUCUUGUAUUGGUAUAUUUCACACCCCUCAAGUACUAAGCCUAUUGGUAAAUUUUAAAGUAUUUCUCAGAGUUAGUGAUUAUCCAGAGUUAGCUGGACUGUGAAAUGUGCAAUAUGCUUUCUAAAUGCAUGGUUCAUAUUCAUUAGUUACUGUAGUAAAGUAUAAUUCUUCCAUCUUCAGCAUGACUGGUAAGCAGAAGCAGAUCUCCAUAGGAAUGUUGACUUUUUAGAAGUGUUUAUGAAAACCACAACUAGUGUGUUUUGAAGUCAGUAACUCUUGUAAUUGUCCAGUGACCAUAUUGUUGAAGUGAAGUGCAUUUUUCACAUAUUCCACUAGAGGUCAGAUUUAAAUCACCAGAGCGCUGUCAGCAUUUUUGGUAAGGGAAGAGGAAUUACCGGAGUAGACAUGAAAUUUACAUUUUGAACAUGUACCGCUCAGUGAAAAGAUCCAGGUGGCAUGUCUCUAUUAUUUUGGGGGAGGGGAGAAUGGGGGGAAGCAAUGUAUAGUUAGAGACACACACUAAAGGAUUAAAGCCCAAAACCUGGCUUGCUUUAUUGUUCAUCAGAAAUUUCCUAGACAAGAUUCUAACUGUUUACAUGGAAAAUGUACAAGUGAAAACGAACUUUUCAUUGAUCUUACAAUAUUGUAUUGAUAGCAAAAGUGCAAACACCAUUCCUUAGGGAUGCCACAAAUAAUGCCAAUACAGAAAGAGGUUUAGGUAUUGCAAAACUGAAUUCUUUGCUAAACAAGUUCUGUGAAAUUCAUGCUCUUCAUAAUGCAACAAAUACACUUGCCAGGUGGAAAAUGUAAAAGAAUCCUAGUUUCCAAGCUUGUGAUUAUAAAUACAUAAUUCUAUACCUAGAAAGGACAAUGCCUAUCCGCUGUUUUCCUAUAAUUUGAUUGGAAGGGGGUGGGAGCAAUGACGUGGUACUCAACAGGGUCUCCAGCCAAUUGUAGAAGUCUUUCUUUUAAUACAAGAGUAAGUUGUGUAUGUAGAAUAUUUUGAAAUACUCAAGGGUUCCUAGUCAGAGUGGGUAGACUUUUAAUACAAUACAUACCAAGUAGCAGAGCUGUUCUAAAUAGACUGUACUUGCUCCUAUUCAGUAACUUGUACUGUUUGUGAACAGUUUCUCUUGCUUGCAAAAUAAAUGAAAUCUUUAAUAAAGCAAUUCAGUGCA